CUGUAGAGGGAAUCAAAUGCCCUGCCCUCUCCUCCACUAGCUGUGAGGAUCAAAAGGGCUUAAGAACUGGAUCAGGCUCCCUCGGGGUCCUUCAAGGCUUCUAUGCCUGGCGCCCUCAGCCGGCCACACCCGGCGCUGGAACCUACAAACGUCUUGUUCCGUUUCGGGAGAAAGGGCCGGUCCGGCAGGUUCGUCCAUCUCUCCCUGACCAGCUGUAGCUUCCGCCCCACCCUGCCCCUGGCGCCCCGACUAGGUGAAGUUUGGCCACCCCAGGCCAAGACGACAUGGGAUAGAGGGCGAAAGAAGGGAGCCAGACGCCUUCAACUUUGCGCUCAGCCUGUAUCCACCCGAGGACCCAGGGUCCAACUUCUCCCCACCAGUGACAGAAGCUCCGCGCCCGGGGGGUCCUUCUGGAGCCCGAGUGCACCUCCGGCUCCUGCCAGGGCUGGGAGAGUUAAUUCUACCGAAACAGCUUCAGCGGAUUCCGGGGGGGCCGGGUCGCCCAGCGCGCCGCCCAUUGGCCGCGGAGCCGGCUCGACGCGGAUUGGCUAAGGCUCUUGGCUGCCGUUCUGCUAGGUCCCGAUUGGCGCCGCGCUCCAGCGACUGGAGUGUGGCGGCCUGGCCUUCACAGGCUAACCCGGGUGAAGGUGCUCUGGGCUCGCGUAGCUACCUCGGUACGCUCAUCACAGGCUGGAGUCCAGACUGCCUUCCCGAUCCAGCUGUCGUUGCUGUCCCGGGGACACGAUCGGAUCUUCUCCCGGAUCCUUUACCUCCUGCUGGCUUUCUUUUCCUGUCCCUCAGGCUUCUACCUCCUCGCUCAUUUCCCCUCUCUAUUCCCCGCCCCCGUAGCCUGCAAGCCCCAGCAUCCCACCUGUCAGCUCCUGCCUUCUGCUUCUCCUUGACUUCAAAUCCCCUGGCCAACGGCCCUGUCAUAACCUUCUUGCCAGACUGCCUUGCACCCAACUCUCUCUCCUUUGCCAGCCCCUCACUCCCCAAAUCCAACUCUCCUUUGACUUCUUGACAUUUGACCCUGACGCUUGAUUCUAGAGCUCUAAAUUCCUACUUCUUGCAGCCUGGACUGCAGUAGCUGAGGUCUUCACCUGAUUUCCAACUCCCCUGAGGCUACUGCUGUCCCACCAUGGACUUCUUGAUGAGUGGUCUGGCAGCCUGCGGGGCCUGUGUGUUCACCAAUCCCUUAGAGGUUGUGAAAACCAGGAUGCAGUUACAGGGAGAACUGCAGGCCCCAGGCACCUACCAGCGGCACUACCGAAAUGUCUUCCAUGCCUUCUUCACCAUUGGCAAAGUGGAUGGCCUGGCUGCCCUGCAGAAGGGCUUGGCCCCUGCGCUCUUGUACCAGUUCCUGAUGAAUGGCAUCCGAUUGGGCACCUAUGGGCUGGCCGAUUCUAGCGGCUACCUUCACACAGCAGAAGGCACCCUCAGUCCUGUCCGAAGUGCUGCAGCUGGGGGCCUGGCCGGGGUCAUGGGAGCCUAUUUGGGAAGCCCCAUCUACAUGGUGAAGACACACCUACAGGCACAAGCAGCGUCUGAAAUUGCUGUAGGGCAUCAGUACAAGCAUCAGGGCAUGUUUCAGGCGCUAACUGAAAUUGGCCAGAAACAUGGACUGGGGGGGCUGUGGCGCGGGGCCCUGGGUGGCCUGCCCCGAGUUGUCGUCGGCUCUUCCACCCAGCUCUGCACCUUCUCUUCCACCAAGGACCUCUUGAGCCAGUGGGAGAUCUUUCCUCCCCAAAGCUGGAAGGUGGCUCUGGCAGCUGCGAUGGUGAGUGGCAUCGCAGUAGUUCUGGCCAUGACACCCUUUGAUGUAGCCAGCACAAGGCUCUAUAACCAGCCCACAGACAUUCAGGGCAAGGGCCUUAUGUACCGGGGGAUCUUGGACGCUCUGCUGCAGACAGCUCGGACAGAGGGCAUUUUUGGCAUGUACAAGGGUAUAGGCGCCUCCUACUUCCGCCUCGGCCCCCACACCAUCCUCUCCCUCUUCUUCUGGGACCAGCUGCGCUUCCUCUACCACUCGUACACUAAAUAACAGCCACUAACCCAAACUUCACCAGACUGACACUUCUGCAUCCACUACAGUAUCUUGGUGACCUCUGACCUUAUUAUCAUGUGAAAGGGACAGCCAACCCCAUUCUCCAUCUGUUCUCUCAGGGUGAAUCACUACAGGCAGUAGUUUCCUUCCUUAGAUGUUGCUCUCAUGCCCAUCAGUCACCCUUAUAUACUUCACACUCCUCUCUCAGGGCUGAAUCACUCACUCUGCAGUGUAUUUUCACCCUCUUUAUUGACAGCCUUGGAUCCCUAAUGCUCCCAUGAACAGCUUUAAACUUCCUCCUUCAAGGCCAAAGGGAAUGGGGGAAACCCGGGUGUGCUAUUAGUCAAAAGCAUAGAAAUUAUAUUGGUUAUAAAGUAAGUUUAUAUUUCUGCAGA